UUGCCACCUACUUUCGUACCUAAAUUGUUCUGAAUGAUCAAUUAAUCAUAUUUUCUGUUAGGUAUUCACUUUAUUUUGUCACUGUAAUGAUCGAUCUUUAGUCGUUGCUGUGAUCGUUGCUUGAAUAAUAAACUCAGCGGGACUUUGUAGGUUUAUUUCCUGUAUUGCUAAAAUUGUAACUUCUUUGUUUACUAUAUUAGAAAUGAACGACAACGAAAAAGAUGAAGCAGCGAAUUUGAAAGAGGAGUUUGAAUGGGUUCUUCGUGAAGAAGUCCAUGCUAUAUUACAUCAGCUUCACAGCGUAUUAGUGGAAUGUGCCCAUAGAUUCCCAGUUCCACUAUAUGGAAACGAGGGUCAGAAACAGGACAAGUUUAUCCUGACAUCACAACCAGAGCAACUGAAAUGUAUUGUUACACUUACAGGAGACAGUAUUACACAUGCAGACAUAAGCUUCAAGGUGUUAAGGCAGAUGCACACAAUAUGCCGGACGUCAAUAAACCAGGAUGGACCGUGGAAGUUGCAGCAAAUACAAGAUGCAGCAAAUCAUUUGCAGCAGGCCAUUGGUUAUAUUGACAAUGUAGACAAGCAUUAUGUGUUCAGAUCUUCUGAAGAGGUGCUGCAUAUUAUACAAUGCCUUAUUGGUUCUUUGCAAAGGGCUCGCACAGCUCUAGUGUUACCUAAAAAGAAAGCAAUUGAUGAACUUAUGAAGAGUAGAAAUAUGAAAGCGCUAUCCCCAAACCUUCCCGAGGACCUCGCAAUAUCCUUCUACAUACAAGCACACAAGCUCAUAUUCGUAGCGUACCAGCUGAGUUCGGUCCACGGUACGAUGAGAAUCGACUCCUGUCAAGCGGAUUGCGCAGUGCCUUGGUUGAGCGAUGUGCUCUUCAUGUUGACAGCCGCUCUACACAUGUGUCAACAGCUUAAAGAUAAGCUAUGUGUCUUCUCUCAGUACAAAGAUUUCACAGUCGGUUCAAGAUCUGCUUCUAUGAUAUUAAAUUAACGUAUCUCUUCUUCAACUAGUUUAGAAAGUUUACGUGACGUCAAUAAAGCACCCAAGACAUGACACGCAUUUAUUUUCCCAAAAAAUAUUUAAUAAUAUCUUAGUAAACCUAUUGCGAAGAGUGUGAUUCAUAUAAGUUUUAUAGAUAAAGCAAGAGAGGUAGGAAAAAAUGUCUUUCAAGAGAAGUAAGAAAGGGAGAAAAGUUCGCGAUUAUUACUUUAUACUUACAAAUGCCGAUGUCCUGCUUACGGAUGGUCCUACUCCAUCUAUGGUAGGUUUGGGUAUAAAAUUAAUUAACUUCCAGUUCACAAUUAAGUGGGUGUCGAUAUUGACGUCUAUGUAUUCGUAUAGAUAAUAUUUGGGUUAAUGCUCAAUAAGUCUUGAUAGAAUUGAAACUUCUAGAAUUUUUUAUCUGUUGAACAUAAAAAAGGGGAUUCCAAGUUCCAAUAUUUCGAUGAGAUCUGUGUGUAUGGCAUUGUGAUAUUGAGCUUAAAACUGAAUAACUCAGUGUGUGAAAAUAUGUAUGUCAAUUCUUUGCUAUUUUGGAAAUCUUUCUAACUAAGAAAUAACUUAGUUCCUGUGACCUAUUAGUACUGUCCCUCCAACUCGUUCUUCUUCCAUUCUGGCCAUUUAUUAUGGUGACUAUUAUUCUCAACUAGAUAACUAAUCUUUUGAAUACUAUCACCAUAUUAAAUUGACACUUAGAUGUGCCACAUAAUAGAUGUAGUAAAUAUACUUAUUCUAUCAAUUCUUAAUUUGAGCAAACCCAACCAUCGUGUUUGUCGCGUAUUUAUUCAAUAAUUGAUAGUUAUCGAGUCCAUUGUUGAUAUUCUUGUUGACUAUGUUGUAAUGUUUGUAAUAUAAUGUACAUUUAAAAUUAUAGUUGUCCACAGGCCAUGUAUUGAACUAGAUAGUGGCAAUGCGACCGUGUCACAGAUUAGGAGCACUUAAUUAUUUCAAAAUUCCGUUCGUCUCACAGUUGCUGGCAGUCUAUUAUUAGCCUGCUUCGUACUGCAAUAUUGAAUUGAUAAAGUCUGAAAACGAGAGUUUAUAUCCUAAAAUGAAAAUAUUACUUUUAACUUUUUAAUUAGUCUAUGUCUUUGUUUUAUAAAAAGUGUCGCUUUUGCUCCCUCUAGUUUUAUAUGUGGUCUGUUUAUUAGGCACACUAAGGCCACGGGCGUAUUACAGUUGUAUUUAAUGAUUAAUAUUAUUGGUUGCUAGCAGCACUGAUAUCUGGAAAGUCCAAAUAAAAUAUAGUCAUAGAUAAAAAUAUAUAUACAGAUAAAUUAUUAUGUCGUCAUUGAUUAUGUUUUGGAAAAUUUCCAAGUGUAUUUGUAAAUUUAAGUUGGAAAAGUGUAUUCAUUUGAUGAAUGUGUUGAUGUAUUAGCAAAAGUAAUAUUAAUAUUUAUAAAAAAAAUAACAUAUAUUAUUAUAUUUUCGCAUCUCCUAAAUUUAUUUUGUUUGUACCAGUAUUUAAUUUGAUUUUUCGCAUAAUGCGCCUAAAAUGCAACUGGUUCCUAAAUAGGUAUUAUUGGUACAUUGUUUAUUGAAUCAAAUGUAUACUGAACAUCACUACCAGCUAGUUUACUUCAAUUUGUAAUAUGUGACCAAAUACAGAUGGAAUUGGCAAACAAUGUCAAGUAAUUUGUUUUACAUGAAGGUCUUGUAAUUAUGCUGUAUGGAAUUUGGUUGUAUGUACUGUGUAAUAAUUUGAUUCAAUGAACAAAUUUUCAUAAGUCGUAAAGAAACAUUUCCUACGCGUGCGUAUAUAAACAGCUGUUACAUUAUUUGCCCACAUGAUGCUUUAUAUAUAAUAUUAUAUUAUAAUACGAAGUUUUCGUACAAAAUGUAUAGUCAUAGGUAUCACAAAUUAUUGUAUUCUAGGCAUUACUUUUAGUAUUAUAGUAAUUUCUCUUAUAGAUCUUAACUUUGGUUCAGAUGGUUAAAUAUGUUUGCAGUGGAAGCGAACAAAAUAAAUAUAAGUGCGAAGAUAGCUAGGCUUUGUUGUGAAAACUUGAAGAAAAAUAAUCAGUAAUUAUUUCAAUGUUAUCAGUAUGAGUGCCUCUUCUAAUCAAACAUAUGAUUUUUAUCAUUGUUUAUUCUGUUUAUGAUUUUAUUUGAAUCGAAAUAAUAAAUUGUAAAAUUAUAUAAUAGUUAAGUAUAAAAUGCUUACAAUAUAUUAAUGGAAGCAAAUAUAUUACAAGAUCUUGCGACUCCUAUAUGCAAUAAUUAAAAUAAUAUAAGUAAUUACCGGUUGUAUGAGGUAACAAUAUUUAUUAUUACCGGGUGUAUGAGGUAACAAUAUUUAUUAUUACCGGGUGUAUGAGGUAACAAUAUUUGUGAGGACUUUGUGCACAAAUAAAUGGUUGUCACUUCUUUUCAAUAAUUUAUGCGAUCGAUUGAUUCAGUGGCAUUUCAUAAAUAUUGCUUGUUUGCUUUAUAAGAAAUUCUUUAAGGAUGUAAUUUUGGAAUUGAAAUUUGUAUAUCAGAACAUGAUGGAACACUAUGAUUGCUUAACGAUUAUUUAUUAAAUUAAAAUGUAUGUUAAAACAAUCUGUAAUUUAGAUUUUUCUUGGAAUUACCUAAUAAUUAUAUAAACUGACAUAGCAGCGGUCUACGCGAACAAACUAGCAGUUAAAGCCGUUCCGCGUGAGACAAAGAUAGAAUUUACAUUUAAGCCAAAAAGAGCGUAACUGAGUAAAUGCAACCCGGCUAAUUAGCUGACUUCAGACGGAACGUCUUUGUACGCGUACGCCGCUUCUACCCCAGAUUAUAUAUGUAGGUAUUCUAAGUUUUUUGUGAGAAUAAGAAAGAUAACAUAGUGCUAUUUGGGCAGCUUGUUCGAAUUGCCCUUCAGAAUUAUUUCAGAUUAUAACAAGAAAACUUGCAAUAAUCCAUACUAAUAUUAUAAAUGCGAAAGUAACUCUGUCUGUCUGUCUGUUACUCAAUCACGCCUAAACUACUGAACCAAUUUGCAUGAAGUUUGGUAUGGAGAUAUUUUGAUACCUGAGAAAGGACAAAGGCUACCUUUUAUAAUUUAUUGCGAAAUGUGUACCACGGGCGAAGCAAUAACAACGGGUAAACAAUAAACUUGGUUUGAGUGUUCAAAAUAUAAUUAAACAUAGUCUAGUGUUGUAACAUAACCGGUAAUGUUAAUGCGGGCCAUUUGUUUUAGAUAUGUUUCCGAGAGUGAAAUUUAUUGUUUCCAUGUUUUGACAAUAAAAUAAUUAUCUAGUAUUAUUAUACUAAGUAGCCUGAAGACUUUGUAACUUAUUCAUAAACAGUUCUUGUGAUCGUGUUGUAUGAAAAUAAAGAGAAAUUCUGUUAUA